GUUGCCGACGCCGGGACGGCUAGCUCGCCGCGGGCGGCACUUCCGGCUGCGGGAUGGGGUGGUUGCAGUCUGAGUGGGGUAGGCGCUGCCCGCCACCGGGAGCUUCCGCCGCCACCACGUAACGCUGCCGCCUCGCCCAGGUGGAGAGUAAGACAAUGGCAGGCAACAAUCAGCUUUGCAUUAGACGUUGGACUACCAAGAAUGUAGCCAAAUGGCUGAGGGAAGAAGGCUUCUGCGAGUAUGUGGACAUCUUGUGCAAUAGGCACAGAUUGGAUGGAAUUACAUUAUUAACUCUGACUGAAUAUGAUUUACGAUCACCUCCUUUGGAAAUCAAAGUCUUAGGAGAUAUCAAAAGGCUCAUGUUAUCUAUACGCAAAUUGCAAAAACAACAUUUUGAUGUUUUAGAAGAGUUGGGUUACAGUAGUGAUAGUCACAUUGGAACAAUUUCUCCUACUGUUGGCUCCCUUUCGGGUACGGAUUGGUUCUGUAAUGGUGAAGUACCACGGGAUUGUGAUGAACCAGUUACUGACUUAAAUGAUGAUCAGUAUCAAUACACAAAUGGAAAAAGCAAACAGCAAACCCGGAGACUGGACCCAGAAUACUGGAAGACUAUUUUAAGUUGUGUUUAUGUUUUCAUAGUGUUUGGCUUUACAUCAUUUGUCAUGGUUAUAGUACAUGAACGAGUACCUGACAUGCAAACAUAUCCACCACUACCAGACAUAUUUCUAGACAGUGUUCCUAGGAUACCAUGGGCCUUUGCCAUGACUGAAGUAUGUGGUGUGAUUCUCUGCUAUAUCUGGCUUCUGGUUCUUCUUCUUCACAAACACAGGUCUAUACUUCUGCGAAGAUUAUGCAGCCUGAUGGGGACAGUGUUUUUGUUACGCUGUAUCACAAUGUUUGUUACCUCACUGUCUGUGCCAGGCCAGCAUCUUCAGUGUUCUGGCAAGUUGUAUGGAAACAUGUGGGCAAAACUUCAGCGAGCAUUUGCAAUUUGGAGCGGGUUUGGAAUGACACUAACUGGAGUACAUACGUGCGGGGAUUAUAUGUUCAGUGGCCAUACUGUUGUUCUGACUAUGCUGAACUUCUUUGUCACAGAAUAUACACCAAGAAGCUGGAACUUCUUGCAUACUUUAUCCUGGGUCCUGAAUCUGUUUGGAAUCUUCUUCAUUUUGGCUGCACAUGAACAUUACUCUAUAGAUGUCUUCAUUGCCUUCUACAUCACCACAAGACUCUUUUUGUACUACCACACAUUGGCUAAUACCAGAGCAUAUCAUCAGAGUAGGAGAGCAAGGAUUUGGUUCCCCAUGUUUUCCUUUUUUGAAUGCAAUGUUAAUGGCACAGUUCCAAAUGAGUAUUGCUGGCCCUUUUCAAAACCUGCCAUAAUGAAAAGGCUAAUUGGAUAAAGACCAUCUCCCUGAUGUAGCCCAAAUAUGCACAAAGUAUUCAUGCUUACAUGACUACGGAACUGACUUGAAAAAUAGGAAAAUAACUACUUCUUGUUUUCAUCCCUGAGGUCUCCUAAUAAUCUUGCUGCUUAGCUUCUCAUAAUCAAGUUUCUUUUAGUAGAAAGCAAGAUUAGGGUAAAUAGCAGCUGCCAGUUAAUAAUUAGGUAUCUGAAGCAGAAGUCCUAGUUACAGUCUUUAGAAAGGUUCUAGGUAAAGUAAAACUUACACUUCUGAUGUAUGCUUGUAUUGAAUUUAGUUUGUUGCUUGGAGGUCCAAAUACUUUCUGGUCCUUGGAAUGUCUGCCUGUACAGAUAAUGUCAAGUAGUAAUUCGUUUGCCAGUGACUUGCUUUUAAAAAUAUUAAUUAUAAAUAUAAUAUUUAAAUUGAACUGUUUACACUUAUACAGUGAGUUUCUGAAGAGUAUUUUGUCAUAUUGUGGAAAAUAGUAGAGCUCCUUACUAAAAAGGGGUCUCAAAGCUUAAAUAAGAGGUCUGAAAAAUCAUAGUGGACACUGCGUGAUCUAUAUACAAGAUGCCAAAAAAUGAAACCAUCUGCCUUUUGAAUAUGCACUGAUGAUUUAUGGAUAGGGCUUUUGUGAACUGUUUAUUCUGUUAUCCUACCGUGUGGAGGUUUCCUUUUCACUCCUGCAUGAGUGGGUAAAAACUAAGACUGUUUUGUUGAAAAUAAAGUUGACUUAAUGUUAGUGCCACAGAAUAACACUGUUCUGUGUGAUCCAAACAUUUAAUUCUCCAGGCUUGCACAUGCUUUAUGAGCAAUUAUUUAACCACUGGAAGAAUAAAACAGUUAAGCUUCAAGUAUUUUAAUGUUCCAUAAAUGGAUGGGAAUGUGCAUGUAGUGAUUCAGGAAUAGCUUAAUAGUGAAUUUUAGGAAUAGUGCUAACAUUGAUACUCCUGUUUUAAAUUCUUAUCCUAAUCCAUUUGAUAUCAGCAGAAUGUUGAAUAUCUUUGGAUAAAGGUUUUUGACAAAUGGGGUAUAUAUAGUAAAUGACUGAAUUAUAUUAGUCUUUUCUGGCAGUUUUGAAAUUAGAUUGGUUCUUAAGCUGCUUGUUUAUUACAUUAAGAAUUAAAAUACCAUAGGUGAUUUACCUUCCAUAAUAUGGAUCACUUUUUGUGAACGAGCUCUGUCUGUGCUUAUGAAGGGAAUAGUAAAUAGAACUGGGGAUAGAAGUACUGUAUGCAAGAUGGUUCUGACUUCAGUUAUUUAAAUUCAAUGUUAAGCUUAUGCUUAAUAUAAAAUGGUAGUUUUUAAUUUGAGAGUUGCAAACUGCAACAAAUAUUUGUGAUUAGCACUCGAAUCUCCUAUGUCAAUUUCAAGUUCAGCGAGUGUGUGUGAAGAGGUAAUGAGCCAGUCUUGCAAAGUUUCUGUGAAAUUUUGCCAGUCUACCACAAGUUAUUGAAUCUCAGCUUAAAGCGACUAAAGCAUGCUUGCCAGUCGGGUAGGCUUCUAUAAGACUUAGUAACAUAUCUGAAGCUUUGUAAUCUGCUUUGAUCUCCCUACACCUACGUCUCUCUAACAAUCCAACUUUGAACUUGGAAUUACAAGCGUCGUUUAUCUAGAUCAUAUUUUCUAAACUUACUAAUAUUUUUAAAAAAUUGCAACUUAAUUCCUUGGAGGAAUUUCAGAUACUUAUGUAUCUGUACCAAAAGUAUUAGAGAUGCAUAUUAGAAGUUCUGAUAACCUGCAGACACAGGUAUUUAUAACAUUCCAUUUUUUAACAGAUUGCAGAUUUUAUAUCACUCAAAACCCUGUCAGAUGCUCUUGACAUCCAAACUGCAGAAGUACAGAUGCUUCACCAAAAAAAAAAAAAAAAGACAAGAAAAGAAAAACCCUUUUUCUUUAUCACACUUACAUUUGCUCUCUUUUUAUUGGGUUGUUGUUUUGAACAAGAAAUAACUCAAAUGUGUUUUUUAGGUUAGGCAGAUUUGUAUUUGUAUUUUGCUAUAUUCAGGAAACUAGUCAAAUUAGCAAGAUUGCUGACUGAGUUAACUACGUCUGAAUUAUAGAAUUAUUUGAGAAUCUUUUAUUUUGUUGUAUCUAGUAAAGCAAAAGUUUUUUUUUUUUUUUAAAUAAUUUAUCAACCCAACAAAGGCAGUUUAUGUAAGGUAAAAUACUACUACUUUUCAUUUUUUGAAGCUCAAAUAUUUUGACUUCCGCCUGAGUAAAUGUAACGCAUUAAAGGCAGUAGUGGUGUAUCUUUUUGAGUAUUUUUAGAAGAUAUUUGUCUACACAAUUGCUUUGCCUAUUAAUGCAUUGAUUCUCUUACUGCUAAGAAUCUGUGUACAAUAUUUGUAAUAUGCAGAAAUUGGUUUCCUGAGAACUGGGAAGUUGUUAAAUCAGUUGUUUGGAGAUGAACCUGUGGAAGUUAGCCACAUCUGCCAAUAAACACAAAGUGAAUUGUGAAGAUUUCAAAGAAAAAUCUCACAUGUUCUUACUCACAGUUUCCUAAAUAACUUGAGUUAGC